GAAUAGGCCCCAAGGGCUUUGGACUAGCACUGGUUGGAAAAAUAUUGUAGCCAAGUUUGAAGCCAAAACUAGUGACAAGCGAACAAAGAUACAAUUGAAGAACAAAUUAGACAACUUAAAAAAAAGAAUAUGUUUGGUUCAUGGAGUUAAAGAAUUAUGCUACUGGACUUGGAUGGGAUGCAGCAAAGGGGACUGUUGAUUGCCCCAAGGAAUGGUGGGAUGAACACCUUGCUAGGUGUAAUAAUCGUGAAAAAGGCCUUAAAUGUAACCAUGUGAGGUUCAGAAAACAAGGACCGAAGUACCUUGAUGAUCUUGAUCUGAUUUUCGGCAAGGUACAUGUGACUGGGGCCACUGCAGCUGGUCCUGGUGAUAUAUCUUCUGAUGAGAGUGAUGAGGACGUGGCCGAGGUGCCAAAACCUCCACCUAAGGAUGAUGUGAAGCUGGCUGAUUUGAAGAAAAAAGGGAAAAAGAAACGCAAGAGCUCCUGUACUGUUGCUGAAACCAAAGAAGAGAAGAGUCCAUUUUAUCGAAUGUACAAAAACACAUGUUUGAAAAUAGAAAGUGCAGCAGAUAGGAUCUCAAGUGUAUCUGCCACCUCAGCUUCUCCCACUAAUGUUGUCCCCACCAUUGGAUAG